AUGGCCUCCAACUUCUCCAUACAGCCGAUAGGGAGGUUUGUAGGAGCCAGCCAACCUGUCAAGAGACCAAAGGAAUUCUCUUGUUUUUCUUUUGAUGAGAACCAUGAAUUUCGCCCUGACGAUUCGUCAGUGAAGUAUUACUAUCCUCCACAACUUGGGGCGGACUUGUCUCUAGGCUUCAACACCUUUGUGAAACACGAUGAUUCCCAGGAUGAGCACCUCGACAGCUUACUAAAAGCCAUUGUAUUACACGAGAAGGAGACUGGAGUCAAGAUAGAUGCGAAUGUCGUCACAUGGAGAGGCAUGAUGACCAAGAUAUUGGCUGCGCCGUUUGAGCAAUAUGACGGCUUCGAAAUGAACGCCACACUAUACCAGGGAACCAUUUUCAUCGAAGACAACCACGCACAGAAGAUGCUUUCGAGACAGAAUGAGGAUCGCGGGAAGCCUAGAAGGGGACCCCCUCUUGAUGUCAUGCAAUUUUGGGGAUACAAGUUUGAGACCUUGUCAACGCUUCCUGCCCCAUGGGCAGAGACAUCGAGAGACUUUAUUGAAAACAGAGAGAAACAAGUUGUCAACAACAAGGAGCAAUACUGCUCCGUUGUUCGGACUGGCAUUGGUAAGGCUGUUCUCUGUCUAGGAGGAGAAGUCGAUGCCAUAUGGGACAGCAAGCCCCAAGAGAAAGGAAAACCCAUCAACUGGGUUGAGCUCAAGACAAGCGCCGAGAUCCGCCACGGCGGCGACAUUGAAAAGUUCCACCGCAAGCUCAUGAAGUACUGGAUCCAGUCGUUUCUCCUGGGCGUCCCAAAGAUUAUCGUUGGCUUCCGCACGCCGGACGGCAUCCUCGUCGACAUCCAGGAGAUUGAGACGCAGCAGAUUCCGCAGACGGUAAACGCGCGCCCGAACCCCGCCUGGAACGCAGAUAUAUGCGUGAAUUUUGCGGCCGCUUUCCUAGAGUGGCUCAUGCAAGUCGUCAACGACGAAGGAGUCUGGAGGAUAUCUCGACGGGCCCAUUCGCCCGUUAUUGAGGUUUACAAGGCGGAAGAAACAGGACAUGGCGAUAUCCUGACAGACGAGUUUAAAGACUGGAGAAUCAAGCUGGCCCUGGGCACAAGUGAAUCCUAA